CUUCCCGAGUGUGGAACGCAAAGGUCUCGACUGCUCCGUAACGUGCGAAGAGGCUCCGUGUGUGUUUUAUGUCCGUUUCACGUUUUGUGCCGCCCAUGACAGGAAAGAACUGGCUGCAGCAUAACUAGCAUAAGAGAAUUCUCUAGCACAGGGAAAAAAUACAUCAAUCCAUGAAAGUUAUCGGGGUUUUCGUCGAUUCGCGGUCGUGUUCGCGUGCGUUUCCGUUGCGAUUUGUUGCACCGUUGUCCUUCGUGGCCCCAAGUGCAUUGAGGCGAUAGAGUUUUCCUCCAAGAGUGUAUUCAUUCACAAAAGCGAGUGGGGCACACGGUGUGGGGUUCAAGAGAAGGAACAUACCAGCGCAGCCCCCCCGGAAGAGAAGGAAAAGUGUGGGUUUUGUGAGUUAUAAUGAAAAACACGGUGCGCCAGGAGCAAAACAGCCCGAAAAUCAAUGAAAAGUGUGGCUCCUUGGCGUGAAGAAGACGUAAAUCAGUGGAAACGAAGGAUGGAAAGCAGGGGCUGGUGAGCGGAAACGGUAGUGUCGAAUCAAAGAACCGAUAUGAAUUCAUGAAGGCUUCCCGCUGUAUGAUUAUUUAAUGUCAACCUGAAGGUGUGCUCUCCACUGCGGGAAAUUCCGAGCUGGGGAUCGAUACCCACGGCAAGCAAGUGUGAUUAGCAGGUCCCUCAGGCCUUAGGCGAGAACGAAGUGUCGGGCGAAGACGAGGGGAUGAUGCAAAAGUGUCUCCCGUGUGUGUGACGGAAGGGGCGGAAUACAGUGAAGAAAAUGAUAGCGCGCCCCCAUUGCUGACGGGGAGAAACUUGUGAGUUAUCAGUGAAAAGUUGCCGAACCCGAAAAUAGAGGUGAAACAGCAAAAUCAGAUUUUAUUCCUUGUGGAGCGGAAAUCAGUUUAGCAGGACGAAGAAGGAGAAACUUUAAGAGCACAAGCAGCGGAAAGCAGAAGCAUCAACAAUCAAUCUCGAGAAGCAAUCAAGGAGAGGAGGAAUGCGAUUGUGUCUGUUUCUGUGAAUGCAUGCCUCUUCUUUAGCGAGGAUUAAUGUGCAAGCGUAAUCACAAAUAGCCGCAGUCACAGCCGCCACCGACAACGACGAGGACGACGGCGACGCCAUCGAUGCCAAUCAGCCGACCAUCACCAUCAGUCCGGGUCGAAGCGUGUGAAGCAGGGCCGACGCGACGGGCGCCUCCCAGCAGGAUAUGGGGGGUGGUGGAAAAAUUGGAUGAGCUUGCGCUAUCAGUGACAAAUAUGAAAAUAAUAUGUAAAUUUAUGAAAAUUUGAUAAGUUUUUUUGCUCUGUUCGGUUCGCGUUUACGUUCUAAUUGGUUCGCGGGUGCGACUUUUUUUUGUGUGCGUUCGUGUUCAUUUGUAAUACAAUCGGGAUUUUUAUCGCCCGCAAUCCGGCAGAGUCGGCGGCGGAUGCUCGGAGAGGAGGAGAAAAAUGUCAUGAUUUAUCUGUUUUGUUGAGUUUUCAUUCCGACCCGCUAUUAAAUUUAACAAUAAUUUUCGCGGAAGAGAAUCAAGUGCUCGAAGAACGCCGGCAAGGAAUUCGUGAAAUCAAGUGAAUGUCAAGGGAACGAACGAGGAGAGAGUGCUGUGCGCUUACAGCAGUAAAUUAACGGCGCGAACGUCGAAGGAGCGAACAGCAGUGCGGAAAACGAGGACGAGCCAGGAGUGCUUAGUGGCGGCGGCGGUGCGCGCUGCAGUCGGCCAAGAUGAACACGUACGAUUACGAUUACACUGCAACCAUGGAGUGCCGAGAUAAUGGAGUACUUCGUGGAGCCGUGAAAAAUAACACAAGAGGCUGCCUCCUGGACGGAGUUCCGCCUUCAGCUCCACCAGAUGUACCACCGCGUAAUCCAACAAUGAAUCGGAUGAAUGGACGCGUCACCGGUAACCCUACGGAGCUAGGCGUCGAUUUUGAACCGUCGUGUCUGGUGCGAACGCCAUCGGGCAACGUGUACAUUCCGAGCGGAAAUCUAGGUGGGUCUGAAACACCAAGAAUUAUAUUCGGAGACAACUCAUCGCAAUUUACAAUUAAUAACAAAGGAUCACCGAUAGACUACAAAACAGGCUCGGCCUGUUCAACCCCAACGAAGGACACGCUUAAAAGCUACGACCGCAACUGCAUGGGUCCGGUACUGCCGCCCCGGAGCGCCAUGUGUGGUCCACCAUCGCAUCACUACUCAGCGCCGCUGAACUUCCGCAAAGGCUUUACCUUCAACAAAUGCACGUGGAAGUGUAUGGCCAUACUGGUGGCGUUAUUAUGUGUUAUACUGAUUGUCGUAUUACUAUUAGCAGCAUCUAAUGUAUUAAGUAUAUACCCUACCAACAACCCCUGUACAGUUCUAGUCGAUGAAAAGGCAGAAAUCUCUGCAGCCAAAAGUACGAUAGCGGAUGCGAACCGGGUGGUGGGGCCUGGUAGUAUCGGGACGGUGCUCGGGCGGCCUAAUCCAUCCGAAAGUGGGGCUGACUCGGCAUCGCUGAGUUCCGCUUCCGCAUCGGCGUCUUCGUCUUCUUCCGCGGCAUCAACGGCGCCGACCAGCGGCAGCAGCAAUGGCAACGCGAACAACAACCAGAACAACGGAGGUGCGCGAACGUUCCCGGCACGAAGUUUCCCACCGGACGGUACCACCUUCUCGCAGAUCACCCUCGGCCAGCGACUCUCGAAGGAAAUCCCCCCGUACAGCUACUGGAAUAUGCAGUUCUACCAGUCGGAACCGGCGUACGUCAAGUUCGACUACGGUAUCCCGCGGGGUGCUUCCAUCGGGGUCUAUGCGCGGCGGAAUGCCCUCCCCACGCACACCCAGUACCACUUCAAGGAGGUGCUCAGCGGGUUCAAUGCCCGGCAGACGCGAGCCACGCAUCCUUCGAUGCGCCGCGAGGUAACCCGCUACAUGGAACCCGGCCACUGGUUCCUGUCGAUCUACAACGACGACGGAGACGCCCAGGAGAUAACGUUCUAUGCCCUCGUUGCCGAAGACAUGACCCAGAACUGCCCGAACGGUUGCUCCGGCAAUGGCCAGUGCCUGUUGGGGCACUGCCAAUGCAAUCCAGGCUACGGCGGUGAUGACUGCAGUGAAAGCGUUUGUCCGGUGCUCUGCUCGCAGCGCGGCGAAUACAUCAACGGCGAGUGUCAGUGCAACCCCGGCUGGAAGGGCAAGGAGUGCUCACUGCGGCACGACGAGUGCGAGGUUCCGGACUGCAACGGCCACGGGCACUGCGUCAGUGGAAAGUGCUCGUGCGUGCGAGGAUACAAGGGAAAAUACUGCGAAGAAGUGGACUGCCCCCACCCGACCUGCUCUGGGCAUGGAUUCUGUGCCGACGGAACGUGCAUCUGCAAAAAGGGCUGGAAGGGACCGGACUGUGCCACCAUGGACCAGGAUGCGUUGCAAUGCCUGCCGGACUGUUCGGGCCACGGGACGUUCGAUCUCGAUAGCCAGACGUGCACUUGCGAGCCGAAAUGGAGCGGCGAAGACUGCUCGCAGGAGCUGUGCGAUCUGAACUGUGGCCAACAUGGGCGCUGCGUGGGCGACAGCUGCAGCUGCGAUUCCGGCUGGGGAGGCGAGUUCUGCAACAGUAAGCUGUGCGAUCCGCGCUGUAACGAGCACGGCCAGUGCAAAAACGGGACGUGCCUGUGCGUGACCGGCUGGAAUGGCAAACACUGCACCUUGGAGGGGUGUCCGAAUGGUUGCUCUCAACAUGGUCAGUGUCACGUGAGCGGAGAGCUGAUGUGGGAAUGCCGGUGCUACGAAGGCUGGGAUGGUCCGGAUUGUUCGAUGCCGUUGGAACAGAACUGUGGUGAUAACAAGGACAAUGACAGAGAUGGCCUUGUGGACUGCGAGGACCCCGAGUGCUGCGGAAGUCACUCGUGCAAAACCAGCCAGCUGUGCGUCUCGGCCCCGAAACCAAUCGACGUACUGUUGCGGAAGCAACCGCCCGCCAUCACGGCGUCCUUCUUCGAACGGAUGAAGUUCCUCAUCGACGAGGGCAGCCUGCAGAAUUACGCCAAGCUGGAAACGUUCAACGAAAGCGUUUUUUGGAAUCAUUUUAACGCAAGCCGAUCGGCCGUUAUACGAGGCCGCGUGGUGACUUCACUGCAAAUGGGACUGGUUGGAGUACGGGUCAGUACUUCUACCCCAUUGGAGGGUUUCACCUUGACACGUGACGAUGGAUGGUUCGAUUUGAUGGUCAAUGGAGGCGGAGCCAUCACUCUGCAGUUUGGAAGAUCACCGUUCCGGCCACAGACUCGAAUAGUUCAAGUACCGUGGAACGAAGUCGUCAUCAUCGAAACCGUCAUCAUGUCCACCAUGGAUGACAAGGAAAAGGCUGGACCACCUCAUACCUGUUUCUCGCACGACUACGACUCAAUGAAACCCGUUGUGCUGGCCACGUGGAAGCACGGUUUCCAAGGCGCUUGUCCGGAUCGUAGUGCGAUCUUGGCAGAAUCUCAAGUUGUACAGGAAUCUCUUUCCAUACCUGGAACUGGGCUCAACCUGGUUUAUCAUAGCAGCAGAGCCGCUGGCUACUUAUCAACGAUCAAACUUCAAUUAACUCCCGAUGUCAUCCCACCCACCCUGAAGUUGAUUCAUCUUCGUAUCACAAUUGAAGGUAUUCUAUUCGAGCGAAUCUUCGAAGCGGAUCCCGGAAUCAAAUUCACCUACCCGUGGAAUAGGCUCAACAUCUAUCGUCAGCGAGUUUACGGAAUAACCACAGCCGUCGUAAAAGUCGGUUAUCAAUACACUGAUUGCAAAGAUAUAAUCUGGGAUGUCCAAACAACAAAACUAAGCGGUCACGAUAUGAGCAUCUCUGAAGUGGGAGGAUGGAACUUGGACAUUCAUCACAGAUACAACUUCCACGAAGGCAUCCUCCAGAAAGGGGACGGUUCCAACAUCUAUCUGAAGCACAAGCCCCGCGUAAUUCUAACCAGCAUGGGCGAUGGACAUCAAAGGCCACUGGAAUGCAGCGAUUGCAAUGGGGUUGCCGCCAAACAAAGACUACUGGCGCCGGUAGCUCUUGCCGCAGCACCAGACGGAAGUCUAUACGUAGGCGAUUUCAACUACAUUCGAAGGAUUAUGAUCGAUGGAACCGUAAAAACUGUAGUGAAACUCAACGCCACUCGAGUUUCUUACCGCUACCAUAUGGCACUCAGCCCCCUGGAUGGUUCAUUGUACAUUUCCGAUCCUGAGUCUCACCAAAUCAUCAAGGUCAAGAACAAGGAUGAUUCGCAUGAUCCCGAACACAAUUGGGAACCAGUAGUCGGAAGCGGUGAGCGCUGUCUACCCGGUGACGAAGCCCACUGUGGGGAUGGCGGUCUGGCGCGUGAUGCCAAGUUGGCCUACCCGAAGGGCGUCGCCAUUUCUUCGGAUAAUGUCCUUUACUUCGCUGAUGGCACCAACAUCCGUAUGGUCGAUCGCGAUGGCGUUAUCAGCACUUUGAUCGGUAAUCACAUGCACAAGUCACAUUGGAAACCCGUCCCAUGUGAAGGAACACUCAAGAUCGAAGAAAUGCACCUUCGCUGGCCUACCGAACUGACAAUCAACCCAUUGGACGACACCCUGCACAUCAUCGAUGAUCACAUGAUCCUGCGCAUGACACCCGACGGUCGCGUACGUGUCAUUGCCGGACGUCCCCUGCACUGUGCUUCAGCAUCUCCAACAACCUUCGAUUCUGACCUCGCAGCUCACGCCACGCUUGUCAUGCCGCAGAGCAUCGCAUUCGCUCCAUCCGGCGAUCUCUACGUUGCGGAAAGCGACUCGCAGAGAAUAAACCGCAUCCGAGUCAUUGGAACCGACGGCAAAGUGGCGGCCUAUGCCGGUGCCGAAUCCAAGUGCAACUGUCUCGAACGUGGAUGCGAUUGCUACGAAGCUGAUCACUACCUUGCUAUCAGUGCCAAAUUUAAUACGAUCUCGGCCAUCACCGUAACGCCCGAUGGUCACGUACACAUCGCCGAUCAAGCCAACUAUCGCAUUCGAUCGGUUAUCUCGAGUCUUCCGGAAGCAGGCUUCUCCAAGGAGUACGAAAUCUAUGCUCCCAAUGCCCAAGAAAUUUAUGUGUUCAAUCGCUUCGGUCAGCAUAUCGCCACUAAAAACAUCAUGACUGGCGAAACCACCUACAGCUUUUUGUACAACGUCAACACCUCCAAUGGAAAGCUGAGCACUGUUACGGAUGCCGCUGGAAAUAAGGUGUUCCUUCUGCGAGACUACACCGGUCAGGUUAAUUCGAUCGAAAACACCAAAGGUCAAAAGUGCCGCCUUCGCAUGACUCGUAUGAAGAUGCUACACGAACUCAACACUCCGGACAACUACAACGUCACGUUCGACUAUCACGGACCAACCGGUUUGCUGAAAACCAAGCUCGACUCAACGGGUCGUUCGUACGUGUACAACUACGAUGAGUUCGGUAGACUCACUUCGGCCGUCACCCCGACCGGAAAGGUAAUCGAUCUGUCGUUUGAUCUGAGCGUCAAGGGCGCAACCGUCAAGGUAACAGAAAACUCCCAGCGAGAAGUGUCUAUGCUCAUUCAGGGUUCAUCGGUUGUGUCGCGAGUCGGCGAGGCUGCCACCAAGACUACAGUACUGGUCGACGGAGGUACCACUAGUGUUGCUCCAUGGGGUAAUACGGUUUCGGUUGAAUCGGUGCCGUACAUUCUGCUGGCGGAAAUCGAUCCUUUGUUGGGAGAAAGUUAUCCGGUGCCGUCGAAGCAGCGAACGGAAAUUAACGGAGAUUUGUCGAACCGUUUCGAGUGGAGAUACUUCAUUCGACACGUUCCUGGUCGAGGAAAGAAUUCUCGUGCUGUUACUCAAGUCGGAAGGAAAUUGCGUGUCAACGGAGAGAAUCUGUUGACAUUUGAAUAUGAGAAGGACAGUUCAUCGAUCACGGUUUCGGUAGACGAUAAAACCGAGCUGCUAAACGUCACGUACGACAAAUCAUCCCGACCGGUCGCUUAUCGUCCGCAGUCGGGAGAAUAUGCUGACGUUGAUUUGGAGUAUGAUCGCUUUGGACGACUGAUUUCGUGGAAGUGGGGCAAUCUCAAGGAAGAAUACACAUUCGAUCGAGCGGGUAGAUUGAACGAGAUUAAGUAUGGUGACGAUAGCUCGAUUGUGUACGCUUUUAAGGAUAUGUUUAGCAGUCUGCCGUUGAAGGUUACAACACCUCGUCGAUCCGACUACCUGCUACAGUAUGAUGAUGCGGGAGCAUUACAAUCGCUAACAACUCCGAGGGGACACAUUCACGCUUUCUCACUGCAGACCUCGCUCGGGUUCUUCAAGUAUCAGUACUUCUCGCCAAUCAAUCGUCAUCCGUUCGAAAUUCUGUACAAUGACGACGGACAGAUCCUGGCAAAGAUCCAUCCGCAUCAGUCAGGAAAGGUGGCAUUCGUUUACGACAAUGCUGGACGAUUGGAAACUAUUUUGGCUGGACUGUCGUCGACGCAAUACACCUACCAGGAAAGCACGAGCUUAAUAAAAAUGGUUGAGGUUCUAGAGCCAGGGUUCGAACUGAGAAGAGAGUUCAAGUACCAUGCCGGUGUUAUGAAGGAUGAAAAAUUGAAGUUCGGCUCGAAGAGUGCGUUGGCAUCGGCGCACUUCAAAUAUCAGUAUGACGGCAAUGCCCGGAUGAGUGGAAUAGAGAUGGAUAUCGAUGGAAAGGAUUUACCGAUUUUGCGGUUCAAGUACGGCCAGAGUUUGGGAACACUGGAUGCGAUCAGCGAUCUGAGAAUCACAAGAAAUGCGUUCAACAGAACCGUAGUGCAGGAUACUUCGAAGCAAUUCUUUACGAUCACCGACUUUGACGAGCAUGGAAGGGUGAAGAGUGUGCUGAUCAAUAUCAAGUCAUUCGAUGUGUAUCGGUUGGAGUUGGAUUACGAUUUGAGGAAUAGGAUCAAGACCCAUAAGGUGAUGGUUGGUCGUGUGACCUCGCUGGAUAAGGUCAACUACAAUGCAGAUGGUCAUGUGAGCGAGGUGGUUGGAACCAACAGUUGGAAGUACCUUUACGACGAAAAUGGCAAUAUCAUUGGUAUUUUGGAGCAUGGCGACAAGACAAACUUGGGAUAUGAUACCGGUGAUCGUGUUGUGCAGGUUGGAGAUGUGGAGUUCAACAGCUACGAUGCCCGAGGUUAUGUGGUGAGACGCGGUGAGCAAAAAUACCGAUACAACAACCGAGGCCAACUGAUCCACGCACUGGAGCGCGAUCGCUUCCAAACUUGGUACUUCUAUGACGAUUUGGGUCGACUUGUGGCAAGCCACGAUGAGAAGGGCAAUGUGACUCAGUACUUCUACGCAAAUAUCAACGCACCGGAGCUGAUCACGCACAUUCACUAUCCUAAGGUGUCGAGGACGUUCCGCUUCCUGUACGACGAUCGUGACAUGUUGGUAGCUGUGGAAACGGGCGAGCAGCGUUACUACGUUGCGACGGAUCAGAAUGGUUCUCCAAUUGCUUUCUUCGACGUGAACGGAAAUAUUGUGAAGGAAGUCCGACGCACUCCAUUCGGAAAGAUAGUUAAGGAUUCCAAUCCGGACUUUUUCAUUCCAAUCGAUUUCCAUGGUGGCCUGUUGGAUCCCAACACACGACUGGUGUACAUGGAGAAGCGUUUGUAUGAUACAUCGGUCGGUCAAUGGAUGACACCCUCUUGGGAACAACUUGCGACGGAAAUGCGACUGCCAACCGAUGUGUUCAUCUAUAGAUUCCACAACAACGAUCCGAUCAAUCGGAAGGAACCCAAGAACUACAUGAACGACUUGAAGUCUUGGUUGAAGCUUUUCGGGUACGACGUAACCAAGAUGCAGGGAUCCAAAUAUACCAAGGAUAUGAUCUACAGACCGAAGGCCAUGAUCAAAUCACCGCAGCUUGCGCCCGACUUUGGUGUCAUGUCCGGACUGCAGUGUAUUGUUGAAAAGGUUGACGAAAAAUUCUCGGACUUUGGAUUUGUACCGAAACCGUUGCUUAAGAUGGAACUGAAGACAAGCAACUUGCUACCUCGGGUUGCCUACCGACGAGGUGUGUUUGGCGAAGGUGUUUUGAUCUCACGUAUCGAUGGACGAGCUUUGGUCAGCGUAGUCGACGGAUCGAAUAGUGUGGUUCAGGACGUUGUAUCUUCGGUGUUCAACAGUUCGUACUUUUUGGACCUACAUUUCAGUAUUCACGAUCAGGACGUAUUCUACUUCGUGAAAGAUAAUAUCAUGAAGUUGAGAGACGAUACGGAGGAGUUGAGAAGGUUAGGAGGAAUGUUCAAUAUCUCGACCCAUGAGAUAAACGAUCAUGCGGGAUCGAACGGGAAGGAGCUGAGACUGCACGGACCGGAUGCGGUCGUGAUCGUCAAAUAUGGCGUCGAUCCCGAACAAGAGAGGCAUCGAAUUCUCAAGCAUGCUCACAAGCGAGCAGUUGAAAGGGCUUGGGAGUUGGAGAAGCAAUUAGUGGCUGCGGGCUUCCAAGGCCGUGGCGAUUGGACAGAAGAAGAGAAGGAAGAACUGAUAUCGCACGGUGAUGUCGAUGGAUGGGUCGGUGUCGAUAUUCACAGCAUACACAAAUAUCCCCAGCUGGCGGAUGAUCCGGGCAAUGUGGCCUUCCAGCGGGAUUCUAAGCGGAAACGACGGAAGAGUGGGGGUUCGCACAAAACGCUAACGCUUAGGCAGCACAGGCAUGAGAGCUCGUGAAAUAGCACGGGAGCCACGUUCGCCUUCCAACGUUAGUGUAAUAUCUCUAUCCGAUCUGUGAAGCUUUCCAAAAAACAAAACUGAAAUGUUGCGUCUGCAAUAAGAUAAGCAAAUUUCAAAGAACGCUCUCUCUUUUAAGGAAAAUCUUUCUCCGAGAACUGAUUUGAAGAAAGAGACGUAAAUAUUAGAAAUAUUGUGAUACAUAGAUUUAUUUUGGAUUAUUUUCGUAGGGUUAAACAAAACGAGAAUAACGAUCGAAGAAGAUGGUAGGAUUGUGCAAAGGAAAAUAUGACCGUGACAAGUUUUCUACACUUGAGCAUUCGAGCGCCAGCAGCCCUUUCUCAUUCUAAAAAGCCGAAGAAAUGAAACGACAUAUAGCAGAAUGAUAAUAUCAGCAAACAUGAAACACUUCACAUACAAACUCACAGGAAGCGAAACAACACACCACUGACGAACAUGCCCCUUAAAAUGUUUAAAAAUCUAAAGAGAGCAUAUUUUUAUAGAGAUCUCCCAGGCAAAAACAAUAAGAAAAUGAUACAAAAUGUAAAACGUAAAAAUAUGGUUUCCGCCAUGUUGUGAAUGUCAUCAUUUUUUCUAUGAGACACCGACCCAUCAUCACCGGCAUCACAAACAGAAGAUCCGAGCAAACUUAACAAUAAUCAAUAGCUGUUAGAAUCAAAACCCGGAAAAUAUGUAAAACCUGCAGAAUCAGUUCAUCAAAAUAUUGAAUGGUAACAAAAAAACGAACGAAUCAAAUCAAAACUCAUUCAUUGUCACUCAACACACAGAACGAUAAAAACGAAAAAUAAUCACACAAAUACAAAUCAUUAUGCUAUAGAGAAAAAAAAGGAUGAGUAGGUCAUAUGACGUGAGGGAAGGAAUAUUAUCAUUUUAUAUAUUUUGAACGCAAUGAGAGAGAGAAAGAGAAAGAAGGUUGUAGCGACAAGCUCGGAGAAAACAUAUAAAUAGUGGAGAAUGUAGUUAAUUAGAUGAAAAUUCAAUGUGAAAUUGUGAAUGUCUUUUAGCAUAUAAGAAGUAAAUAGUUUUAAGAAUUGAAAAUCAUGAACACACAGUAGAAUAUGACAAUUUGAAUAAAAUACAGAGCAAAACGUAUAAGCGAAACAAAAUUGGUGUUGUGCAAACAGUGCCAUUGAAACUAGUCGAUGUAGCCGUGUCGUCAUUGGAGUCGUCAUCAUGACCGCGGCUCGAGCGAACCGAGAACAGAUAUUUGAGCAUUAAAACCGGAGACAACUCAAAAAUGGUCGUGGAGAUAUUUUUACAAACAGAAGAAUCUUAAUGAAUCAUAACGCAAAAUGGACUGACUGAGAAAUCUCCUGAAUCCCAAAAUGCGGAUUAUAAACUGUAAGAUGGAAGCAGAUGUUACAAGUGGUGCCAUAAGAAAGGGAGAAGUAAAAAAACGGGAACGAUAAAACACUUAAUCAGAAGAUGACCGCAAAACCCUGUACAGUAAAAUAGAAAAAAUAUAGACGAUAGAGUUGUAGAAAUGAGAUGAACAAAAUACAGAGUCGAAGCUUCAGUAGAGAAAUUUUCUCCUUCCGCAAACAAUAUUAGUUUUAUCAGAUCGCUAAGAUGAAGCUCAAUUGCCAUGGCAGCACCGUCGUACAGAGCGUUGCCCGUUUCUCAUACAUAUACAAACAUAAGUAAGCAGUACCCGUGUAGUAGUGAAUCAUUACACAAACUAGCGGUUUUUAUUUGAGCAGAGCAACGCUGUUUUAAUUUCGAUUCCGAAUCGAGCUUAACGUGAACAGAAGUAAGAUGAAUGUAAAAAUGUUGAUUUACACUAACUCUGGAUACACCACAAGAAUAACAACAAACGAAACGAAAUCAUACACACACACAGACACAAAUCCGUCUUGCUUCCUGAUUUUAACAUGAUAAGUAGAGAAACAAAACGUAGAGACUACAAUCUCUAGCGAAUGUCGAUAUAGAAAAAAGGAAAUCACAACUCAAAUGGUUGACAAUGAAAAUCGAAACAAGAAAAAUGGUAAAUUCUCUCUUUUCUUGGCUUCUACAGGGUAUUUGUAAUAAAUUCUUAUAGAGAACUACACAUGACACAAGGAAAAAAAAGUGAUCCGUAUUCUGAAAUCAUAAAUUCCAAGCAUCUGCAAAAGAGAAAAAUAGUAAAGUCAUAAUAGACAAAAACUGCAAAACAAUACAAAAUAAAAUAGAAAAAAAUAAGUAGAAAUCAUGACAAACAAUUACACAUAAAAACCUGAGAAUAAGAACAGAGAAAAAUGGGAAAUUAUCUUUUUUUUACAUGACCGUUGAACAUGAACAUGAAACAUCUACACACAUAUACUCGUUUCCAUACAAUACUCUCACCAAUACUCGCUCAUACAAACACAUUAGAUUAUUGUUUUUGUGCAUUUUCCUCGAAGACAACCGUAAACCAAAGGACGCUUAUGAAUUAUCCUCAUUGAACUCUCAGUUCGACGUAACGCGUUUCGUCUGAACGCCAAUAGUUUGCCGGAGAUUGUUUAUUUUCUAUACUUAAAACACAGCAUUACUAUACUGUUAGUGAGAAUAGUUGCAAGUGACUGCUUCUUCCCUGCCCAAACUCCGAACUCCUCGUGUAUAAAACCUUACCGCCGAUGUGGUGUUGGAUUUGUUUCGUUGACGAAGCUUGUCAUUUCUCAAAAACUUAGCGACGAGAUAUUACUUACCAAAAGAGAACCGUAGAAUCGUAGCGAAGUUACUACAGAUUACUAUAGCAAACGUUGAACUGAAAAGCAAUACAAACGAAUAGAAGCUUUGUUUCUUCGUGACUCUGUUGCUUUCGCUCUCGAUGCGAGAGCCCUUUUUCGACUCGAUUCGUUAUUUUAUUGUGUAAAAUCUCCGAAAUGAUCUGCGAUCAAAAUCGUUAUUAAAAUCGUCCUAAUAUUGUGCAAUCCGAAAGUUGUUUCAAGCCAAUCGUAUCAUCUACUAGACAUGCUGUUUAAGCAUCGAACUCACUAUGUGUAAAAUUCCUGUAUAUAAUUUGUUUAUUGAAUAUGAGAAGUGUAUUUAUUGUUUUCCGACUUUGUUCACUUUUGUGAAAGCUUAGUUUUCAACAAAACGAAAAGGCAUUUUAAUAAAAAAUGAAUCAACAGUUAAUUUCCAUUAUGUAAACUUGAAAAUUGUAAAUAGAUCCAAGCAACCCGUCUCUCUCGCUCAGCUGAGUUGUGCCAGAGGUUACUUAGUUUUAAACCUGUAUAACCGUGAAACUUGUCGUUAUAUUAAAGAAAAAGCAGACACACAUACCGAACGCUCAUCACUAUAAUAUAGUGAUGCUCAAUUUGCAGGAAACAACCAAUAAUUGGACCUUUUCGUAGAAUCCUUCGUCGAUCCGACCCGAGUCUCUUUUUGUACAUUUUCCAACUCAAUGACACACAAACAAGAACCCCCACAAACUGUAGGAACCGUGUAAAAUCCAACGUUUUUAACAAACGCCAUUUGAGAUGAAUCAAAGAAGCGACAGCAAAAAUUGAAUGAUCAUUAUUAUCCACAAUUUUGGUCACAUGAAAUCGAAAGGGAAAAAAACAGGAUAGCACUUAACCGACGAGUAUAUCCUAACAACAUAACAAAUGAAAUAACGAACGAAGCUAGUGAACGAAUCUGUUUGGUUCUGUAACAUAUUAAUGCUAGAGAAAACAAAAACGUAAGUAAAAAAGCAGUAAAAAUAACAACCCACAAACAGCAAGUGGUAUAGCAGAAAUUUGAACAAAUGAGCCAGCAGUAAUAAAUAGAAGUAAAUAAAUUUGAGAGAAAAAAAAAACACGUAAAAUGAAAAACAAAACACUGUAAAAAUUAAAAAGUAGUGCGAACAAUGGAAUGAGGAGGAAAACCGAAAAGCAACAAUAUUAUUAUUACGAUUAUUAUUAAUUAUUAUUAUUCAUGAAAACUAAUGAUGAAAGAUAAAUAAAAAAAUAUUUAAAAAAUAA